AAAGCAUUUUCUAAACAAAAAUGUUGUUUUUCUGAUAAAUAAACAAAUAAUUAUUAUUGAAAACAAUUAUUCGAUAUAAUAUUAUAAUUGUCAAUUUUUAUUAUCUAACGUGAUUGCAAUACAAGGUUAUUAGAGAAAAGUAUUGUUGAAAAAACAUUAGUUAAUAAAAGUAGAAUACUAAAGUAACUUUAUUUAAAUGUCUCCUUUUUAUAAUAAAGAUAAAUCUUUCAAUAAUAAAUAUAAUAUACUAAAACUGUUAUGUACACAGUAAAGCAAUUAAGAAAAAAAGAUGCAGAAACUAUGAAAAAAACGCGCAUUGUAGUAUUAAAAAUUCACUACAGUGAUUAUAAAUACGAAAUAAUUUAUUAAAUACUAUAAUAAAAUACCCAUUAAUAUUGUAUAAAAUAAUACAAGCGAGCAAAACGUUCAUUUGAUUCUUAAAUGAAAAUUACGAAGAGAUCGACAGCCGACGUACAUUUCGAAAGUUGAUUCCCGAUGCGCGUCUAUUAUGUCCUAAUUACGGUUCUGCGAAUCGCGUCAGAAGUUCUCGUCUAAGCAAUUAAGACAGAUUUAGUGCAAAUAAACUUACUAAAGUAAGAUUCAGUCUGCUGGCGACGUGUACCGUGGAAAAAACCAGGUGUUAAAAACUUUAACUCCUAACUUGUCAGGAGAGUUAAAAAGUUUACUUAAUAUUAUAAAACUGCUACAUCCAUUUUUCACUAAACAGUCACCUAAUCGGCAAUUAUUUAAUUCAGCUUGCACAGCCGAAAGUCGAUUAAUUAAAUUGGUAUCAGCCAUCCGCUCUGAGAUCGUUUAUUGUUCUAAAAGUGUCGAUUUAAUCAAAUUUAUAGCGGCAUUACGACCGCGCUUGAAAUAACGAAAGGUCGAUAUAUUUAAUUAAUUCUUUUAAGCAGCGAUAUCGCCAUUAACUUCAUUAACGACGAUUCCAGCGGCCGGAACGAUCGAUAAUUAAUCGCAUUUAAUUCCAUACAUUUGCAUGAGUAUUUUAAUGCGCAGACACGAUCUCGAGUGGCGAUCGAUCGUCCACGUGGCUCGAUUCACGCCACCAUGCGCUCGCCGGAUGGUCAGCGAAAUGCUGAGGAAUGAUCAGAAACGGGCGGGGGCGCAACAGUUGCGUGGGUGGAUGCGCGUCUGGAUGAAGGUAUGGAGCGGGGACCGGAAGAGGGAUGAGAGGCACACGUAGAAGGGGGUUGAAACCCGGCGCCCGAUGUGACGUGCCUCAGUAUUCAUCUGGCAUUCACGUCGCAAGCAACCCCUAGCCACGAGACUUGGCGAGAAAUCGCGUCCGCCGAGAGGAAUCUCGCGAAAAAAAGAAAAUCGAUUCGCCAUUAAUGCGCUUGAAGCUCGGACCGAUUGAUUUUCGUGGAACUUCCGUAUCCUCCCGUUCUCGCGCUUAUCUCGACUCGUGCUUAGUUUGCACUAAAAGAAGAAAAAGCAAUCACUCGUCGUAGGAAGAGUGUGAUCGGUGGUGAUCGGAGUAAAAUGCAGAGAGUCAUCUCUAAAUCAGUGCGUCGAGGUACUUCGGUGUUUCGCGAGCGUAGCGAUCGCAAUUCCGCCUAGGAAUUCGAUAUUAAGCAGCGAUACCACGUGGAGCUCCAGCCACGAUUCCCAUUCUUCAAACUCGCGGAGUUUUAAACGAUCGAACACCGCCGAGUCGAACGCUGCCGAGGUUCGUGAGCAGUUUCCCUCGUGCAAACGGGGAUACGUCGAACGUCGUGGCGCGUGAUGAAGUAAGAGGAAGGGAGGUGUUAGUGGUGGUGGGUGGUGGUGGUAGACGCGGCGACGGGUUUGCUGGUGCGUGGGUGCACGCGUGUAAUGGUGGAGCAAGUUGUACGCGCACGAUGCAGCUGAUGACCUUGAACUCUCUGCUGAUGUUCGACCUCGUGUUCCUGUUUUUCCUGUUCCUCGUCGGGGUCUCCUGCUUCGUGUACUACCUGCCGGGUACUCGGACGCACGCUUUCGCGCCGCACGAGAUCAUCACGGCGCGAACGUCGCCGCGCUAUGACGCACCGAUCGACAAUGUGUAAGAAUGCCGACGGAUGUGCCCGGGGACCCAGGACUCGCAGUAGUGGCAGGGGAUGUCCUUGCCCUGCGAAGCACAUCUGCUCUCGCUGCUGCAGAAACGUGGGCUCUCCUUUGCCAAGCAGCCCAGGCCCUCCAAGAUCUUUUUCUUUCAAAUGGAGGCGUGGUGGGUGGUUCGAGAGCAGGACCAGUGGUGACUCCGUAUACGCUGGAACUGACACCACGUGGUAGGGUUUUGCUGCAGCUCGCACCACCGGAAACUGCUCGGACGUACCUGCCGCCGGAGUAUCGACCCGGCCGCGUAUAUUCGGACACGGAUUCGGAAAAAAUGUGGAUGUACUCUUUAGGCAGGGCAUUAUUGGACACGACUCCCAGUGUGACGGCAUUAACGGGAACCGUUUCCGUUUCGCCUUCUUCCGCUUUGCAAUCAGUGUUGGCCGCCAUGACAGAGCCUGAUCCUCGCAGACGUGCCUCCUUGAUGAAUUUACUCGACGUAAUAUCGGAAUAUUGUCGGAGGCGUCUACAAGCAAGGGCUUUCACGCACAUAGUGAUGGAUAUGUAUCGAGAAGUUGUGCGAUCGCCGCAAUACACCGCGCGGAAACGAGCAGCCCAGCUGAACGCUUUGUGCUCUGGAACACGGAACAUGGUUAACCAAUUGAACCAACAGAAAAUCUAUGAUUAUCAUCAUCAUCCGCAACGACAGCAGCAGGACUGCGUUCCAGUUGUGAACGGUCGCUGUGAACCGCUAUAUUUUCAACAUCAGGCUCGUGUCGGGCAACAUUUGUCGAAUCAAUUAGCUAUCCAGCAACGGCAGCAACAACACGAUCACGUUCAACGUUCAACCAAUCAAUUUCGCUCGCUUCAUCAACAGCAGGAUUGUGUACAGCAGCCGCCAAAGAGUCAGCAAAAUUAUCGUAAUCAUCAUUACAAUCAUCAGUAUGUGAAAGGAGCGCAUUUCAGAGCACAAUCACGCAAUUCCCAAUCGCAUCCCAAUCUGACGAGCUUGUGUGACUCGCAGCAACAGCAGCAGCAACAACAACAACAGCAACAAUAUCGAGAUGUUACCUACAGAACGCAUUUUCAAUCGCAGUUGGAUAUUCAAAGCGGUAGUCGAUCGAUAGGACCGGCGGUGACACGUCGGAUUCAUCCACGUCGGAUUCAUCAUCACUCGAGGACGUACUCGCAGCCAGUUUACACGCGGCUUCAACACACCAGGAGUAGCGGCAAUCUGCCGACGACGACGACGAGCGCGAUGGCCGACGCUAAUCCCGAGGGAAAUGUUUACAACGACCCGAUAUAUGCCCUGCCGGUUAAGCCCUUCCUGAGCUCCCAGGAUGUGCGAGUCAAUGGACUGUCGGCGAAAGCCUCCGCGAUCUGUCACGGCGACGAUGUUUACGGUGGAUCGUCAUCAAUAAACAGGCAUCCUUCGAAUACCGGUCGCUCUCAACCUGACAUAACUUCGCAACCAAAUGAGCGUCUCCGUGAAGAUAUGUACGGACAAACGUCUGCGGGAAGGAUGCUCCUGCAAAGACAACACUCAAACCCGCAGCUGCCGAGUAGAACGCAAGCUAACGAGGAUUUCAAGCGGUUGUCGCAGCCGAGCGUCGCAACGGCCGAGUCUCGAUAUGUCGGCGUUGCGCGAAAAGAAGAACAACCAAUACGGCAACAAAAUUCUAUGAGGUUAAGAAGAAUGCAGGGACCCCCAAAGCCACCUCGAAUUAUCACUACUCUGAGAAAAACCGCUCUCUCCGAUUCAGAAUGUAACAGUCACACGGAGCCACCGGCAAAACCUCCUAGAACCAUGGUGAGGAACGGACCAAGGGCUCGGCGAGGAAAAGCAGUUCAAAGAGCACCGUCACGUUUGUACAGAACGGUGGGUGGGCCCACAAGGAGUUUCAAUAAGGCGCAAUGUGUUGGUCCUGAAUUUGUGGUUCGUGCCAAUCAGCCUCCGAAGACACUAUGCGUGGGACAGGCCAAGGCGGGCAACUCUGGCCGGAUAGUUGUAAUAAUGCUGACAGGACAACGCGUAGAAGUAACCUGCGAUCCUCAAAAGGUCACCGCCGGGGAUUUAUUUCAGGCUAUUGUUCAAGCGGAAAGCCUCGAUGAAAACUUCACUCUAGGAUUGGCCGUGCUGCUAGCCGGGGAUUUUGCGAUGUUACCACCCGACACGAAAUUAAAUAAGGUCGCGCCACCAGGUUGGCUAAGCAGCGGCAAAAGCAAAAGCUUACUGGGUCUACCGACUAGUUUCAUGCUGUAUCUGCGGCUGCGAUUUUUCCUGCCAUCUCUUCGUGGAACCAGGAGUUGGAUAUCAAAGCAUCUACUGUAUCUGCAAAUAAGGCGUUGUAUACUGGAGCAGCAGCUGGUCUGUCCAUAUUCCGAAUUAAUCAAUUUGACGGGCUUCGCACUUCAAGCUGAAUUUGGGAACUACAACGUCAACGAGCACGGUUGCGGGGAUUACUUCCUUCUCGAGCACUACGUGCCGGAGUCCUUGAUAUUGAGCGCGGACCGGCAUCAAUCGCAGCCCUGCGUCGACGCCGAUACACUUCGGGCGCAGCUUCACCGCGCUCACCGCGACCGCCGUGGCUUGGACUCGAACAAAGCCGAAGAGAUGUUCAUAACUCACGCGCAGUCCCUGCCGGAUUACGGUUCGCACUACUACAUCGCCACGGUAGAUUCGAAGGAACUAGAGAAACUGAUGGUGCGACAGAGGAAGGGCAAGAGCACCGUGUCCGACAACCGCGACGUCGUGUCAUCGCAAGACGAUGCGGAAAACGCUUACCGUCAAGAGAAACCCGCUCGAGACAUCUAUGGCAGAAUCGGCGUCCCGCGGUUAAGCUCUCGCGAGGAUGUGCCGAUAAUACCCUAUUCGGAUGAGCAGGCGAAAAAUGCGGCUUUAUGUCGCGAAGAAACGUACAAUAACAAUAAUAAUAAUAAAAACAAUAAUAAUAUUAAUAACGUUAACGGUAACAAUAGUAAGAACAAUAGUAAGGACGGCAAGAAAAAAACGGAGAGCAACGUGUGGCUGGCGAUACACUCUCAAGGCUUGAAGCUGCUGGAGCGAGGAGGUGAGCCGAGGGAGAGAACGGAACUGGCCCACUUUCAGUGGCGGGACGUGCAGAAGUUGAGUUACAGCAAGAGCUGUCUGGUUGUGCAUAGCAAGCUGAAUGGGAAGCGAUGCAAGUUCAAAUUGCGGAUGGACCAUCGAAAAAGUUACUUCGCCUUCAAGCUCACCUCCCUGCAUCAUCAGUUCUUCGUCAAACUUCGCUCAGAGCUCACGUCGCUUCAGGGCCUUGCUAAAGAUUUUGGAGUGCCUAUAACGGAAGCGAAACCUACACCAUUGAAAUCCAAGAUAGAUGACGCUAAAGCUAAAAUAACGAUCGCAGACACGGUUAAAGUGCAGCACAGAAUAAAUUAUCCAAUGCAACUAGAGGAAUAUCAAAAUAAAGAGAAUGAAAAUCCUCAGAAAGAUACAAUUGUAGUGACAACAACAAAAGACGCUGGUCGCGAACCCUUUUAUUCGUCCGAAGAGGAUGCUCUUUAUGCGCAAGUUCUUUAUGCGCAAGUAAACGUACGAUUGGAACCGGAGGGUCAAUCGCGGGACACAGAAGACGAAUCGGAGAGAGGCUUAACGAUACCGCACAAGAUCUUGUUGGAACCCAAAGAAACGAAAUCGGAACAUGAUAAAGUCUAUAGCUGUCCCAAUUUAGACAACGAGGCUGAAAUCGAUUGUACAUAUUCGCUCCCAAAAGUUAUAUCAAACAACAUUAAUCAGAUAGAUAAACCGAACAACCCUGAAGAGCUGUACGCCGCUAUUAAUAAAGUUCGUUUGUCAGGAAAGAGCGAGUUCCCUGUUCCGGAUGAAGUUUGGAAUGUGUCAGACGUGAAGAAGACAUUUCAAAAGAUGAAAGCAUCUAGUUUACCGAAUUACGGUGCACCAAGGCAGUCGGGUGGUUUUCGUACACCUAGCCUGCCGCGUCGAUUGGGUGUGAAAAUGGGAACGCGAGCGAUUUACAGCAGCUUGGUCCAGAAAGAUACCGCGCUUACCGACGACACGGAGUCACUGUCUCUAAAAUCCGACACUGAAUCGUCUAUUCAAUCACUGUCGGCGCGAUCUGCCGAAUCACCCAUGCCGGAAGCAUACGUGUUAAAUGCCGAUAUACGGACCAACGAUGAAACGUUCCGCAUCCCGCAAGACGAAUCGAUGUCCGCAUCCUUAAUGGCUCGUUUAGAAGAGCUGUCUUUUGACGAGGAACGAAUUUUGCAUACAAUCAAGUUGGAACGCGGCCACGGUGGUAGCAUAGGUCUGCAAGUAAUGGAAGGUAACGACGGUGGCGUUUAUGUUCAGGCAGUUUCGGUUGGUGGAUCAGCCGAUAUGGCCGGAAACGUGAACAAAGGUGACCGGAUUGUAGCAAUAAACGGACAGAAUCUGCUGAACCUUCGUUACGAGGACGCUCUGAAGAUGUUGCAGAGCUCGUCUGAAACGAUCGAGUUGGUUCUUUCCCAGCCUGCUAUUCGAAAAAGCUUGGAAUUGAGAAAUGACCAAGGCCAAGGCUCCGUAGAAAACAAUUACUUACAUGAGAUAAAAUUCGACGUGUCGUCGGAGGCGGAAACGUCAAGUAUGAUGAACAAGUGGAUUCAGAAAACCACGGAUGUAGCGUCAGUGCAGAAUACCUCGAGUGCAUAUAGCAGCGCCGCAUCCAGCGCUAUGGGCAAUCAUAAUAACGCCAACAGCCUGUACAUGAGUGAUCUCGUUGACAAUAACGCAUUAAAAUCUGCCAGCAUGUUGCUAUCUAUAGAAGAUUUCGACGUCAGUAGAACAAGUCGCCAAGUUUUCAUUUAA